GUUGCGAUGUUGCUGGAAAAUCAGAACAUUUUUUUUUAAAUUUUUUUGAAAUUUUUGUGGACUUUAAUUCUGGAAUUAUACCUUUGUUGUUGAUUCAUGGCGAAAAGGCUCACCUUUAUUGCUUCUGUUUACAGAAAUUAGCGUAAUAAUAUUGCAUGAUCCUCUGUUACAGGAAGUUUGUUUUGUUUCCUCUGUUAUAGGAGUGUUCUUCGUUAUCUGUACAUUGUUCUUUGUGCAUUGUAACCUGCAUCUGAAUCUGAAAAAGUUAAAAUUUUAAAAUGGAAAUGUGAAAAUUGUUUCGAAUUCAUAACUGUCGUCGCACGGCAGAAAAAGUAUGCUAUUUUGUAGUCUUUGCUUACAGCAUCAAAAGUUCGAAGUUCGAAGUUUGUAGUUCGAUCGGCGAUGCAUAUGUUACCUAAAAGAUUAAUCUAGUAGGAAACAGGCUUAGGAAUAUAUAUUAAUAGUAUAAUCUGGGUUUUUGCGAUCCAAAGUUUAAAGUUUUGAGUCGAUGGCUAAAUUUGAGGAGAACUUGGAGGAGAUUCUCAAUGAUGAAACCCAGUUUUUAGUUCUUACGUGUCCGUCGUAUACGUCCAAAACACUGUUGUUCCACUUUAUCCGAUGCGGGACUAUUGGGGUGCCACAGCAAUCGAUUGAAAAAUCGACCCGAAAGCGAGUCAAAGUUCCAUCCAUUUUUGCUUAUUUCGCCUAUCUGAAGAAGAAUUCAGCUUGCAAUUGAGCAUUGCAGCAGCUAUUCUGAUUGAACAGUAAACAGUGUUUUCGCCAUGAAGGCUCUCAUCCUUGUAGGCGGAUUCGGCACCCGAUUGAGGCCGUUGACGCUUAGCGUGCCCAAACCGCUCGUCGAUUUCGCCAACAAGCCGAUGAUUCUGCAUCAGAUCGAAGCCCUUAAAUCUAUCGGCGUAACUGAAGUUAUUCUAGCCAUCAGUUACCAGCCACAGGUCAUGUUGAACUUCUUGGAAGAGUUUGAGUCGAGGCUCGGAAUCAGGAUCACCUGCUCGCAAGAAACCGAGCCUUUGGGCACCGCAGGCCCUCUGGCCCUCGCCAAAGAGAAGAUACUCGAAGAGCCUGACACGCCAUUCUUCGUGCUCAAUAGCGAUAUCAUUUGCGAGUACCCGCUACAAGAUUUGCUUCAUUUCCACAUUGCUCAUGGGGGUGAAGCCUCAAUCAUGGUCACCAAGGUGGCUGAGCCAUCGAAAUAUGGAGUAGCGGUUGUGGACGAGAACACGCACAAGGUGAUGAAAUUCGUCGAGAAACCUUCGAUGUUCGUGGGGAACAAGAUCAAUGCGGGAAUCUAUAUACUAAACCCUUGUGUUCUCGAUCGAAUUCCGUUGCAACCCACGUCGUUAGAGCGGCAAAUUUUCCCGUCGAUCGUCGAGAGAGGCCUUUUGUAUGCCAUGGUCUAUGAAGGCUUUUGGAUGGACAUUGGCCAACCAAAAGAUUAUCUCACUGGCCUUAGGCUCUACUUAGAACACCUUAGAGCUAAGUCUCCUUCGAUCCUCGCGGUCGGUGGGAACAUCAUAGGCAAUGUGUUGAUUGACGAGACCGCGGUGAUCGGUGAAGGGUGUUUGAUCGGUCCCGACGUGGCGGUAGGCCGCGGUUGUGUGGUGGAGCCAGGGGUGAGGCUCUCGUCGUGCACGCUGAUGAAGGGAGUUCGAGUUCGGAGGUCGGCACAUGUCUCCGGGAGCAUCGUGGGUUGGCACUCGACGGUCGGAGAGUCGGCGCAUGUCGGCAACAUGGCAAUUCUUGGAGAGGAUGUUCAUGUGAGAGAGACCAUGUUUCUCAAUGGAGUUAUGGUGCUACCUCAUAAGGAGAUCAAUUCACACUUUGUUAAACCAGAAAUUGUAAUGUAACACCAAGAAUAAUGUCAUUCAAGGAUGGUGUUUUUUUGGGUAAUUGAUGAUGCUUAACAACAUUGUAAAAUAGUCUACUUUUAAAUUUGAAAGCGGUGACAAAUGAA